AACAAUAAUAAAAUUAAUUUAAAAAAGUUUACGAAUAUAAAUAUUUCUGCAACCAAUUCAUCAUUUAAAAAGUGAUUAAAAUAUUUGGACACUUUAAAGGAAAUGUUAUCACACCUUAAAACCAAAAGUUUGCUGACUUCGAAAAAAUAAUUGUUCGAACAGAGAGUAAUGAGAAAUCACCAACAACUACAACAGUAUGGGAGAUAAUGUCAAAGUAACAGCAACAGGACCUACAAAUGGUAGCACAGUGACCACAAAUGGAGACACUAAUGGCCAUAAAACUAAAUUGACAGAGACUGCAAAUUUACCGAAAUUAAUAAUAGGCGAUAAUAAAAUAAACUACAAUGAGAAACCGGUAAAAACGAAACCCGCAAAAAAGAAACGUAGAGACAAAAGUGAUUUGGGUGAUGAUUUUGUAGCACCCGAUGGCGGUUGGGGUUGGUUUGUGUCCAUAGCCAGUGGUGUUAAUAUAUUGGUAACAUUUGCUUUGGCUCAACAAUUUGGUAUUAUUUUCCGUGAUCAUAUGUCUCAAUUGGGCAUAUCCAGUUCCCAGUUAACUACAAUUAUUAAUAUACAAAUUGCUGUAUCAGCUAUAACAGGUCUGCUAAACGGUCCACUUUUCCGAAGAUUUUCCUUCCGUCAAGUGGCUUUGUUUGGUUCAUUUCUUACAUUCUUCGGUCUAUUUGCUUGUGCCUUUGCCAAUUCAUUCUUAUUUUAUUGUCUCUCAUUUUCUGUUUGCUACGGUUUCGGUCGUGGUCUAACUGUUUCGGCUUCAUCAUUAGCUGUAAAUACUUAUUUUAAAGAAAGAAGACGUACUGCCACCGCUUAUCAGUUUGGUGUAGCUGGCUUGGGUCCCAUUUGUUUGCCAUAUGUGGCCACGUUUCUCUUAGAUUAUUUUGGAGUACAAGGCACGGUUCUACUCUUUGCUGGUCUUUCCUUGAAUACGGUAGCUUGUUCUCUGAUAUAUCAACCAGUAAAAUGGCAUGUUAAGAAACAUCCUAAAGAUGCGGAGGCAUCUAAAAAACUAACAGUACAUAAUGAAGAUGAUCAUAUAAUAGCUAAUCCGGUGGAGCCAGAAACUCCAGUUUUGCCACGUGCCAAUGAUGGUUGGUUUGGUUCUAGAACCUCCUUAAAUUCACCUUCCAUAAGAAAUAGAUUGGGUUCUUGGGACAAGACACAGGAAGGUACGCCAAUGAUGGAAUUGAAACGUUUAAAUAGUCGUGAUAGCAUUAAAAGUAACAGUAAUUCAGCCAAAGUACGAAGUUUCUCUGUUAGUUACAGUAUUAAGGAAGUGGAAGAAGAUGAGGAACAUGAUGUCAACUAUAAGGAAGGUGAAAAUAAGGAACAGCAUCAUAAUGGUACAGCUUUAACAGAACUACAACUUUUAAGAGAAAAACAAAAUGAAAAAGAGUUGGAACAGGCCAGAAUUGAAGAAGAACAUGAAAGACGCAAGAAACUACCCUGGUACAUGAAAGUGGUGGUGUUUUUCGAUUUGGAUUUAUUGCGUGAUUUUACUUAUGUUAAUUUGGCCAUGGGCUUGACCUUAAUCAAUUUUGUGGAAAUUAAUUUUGCCAUUUUAACACCGUUUAUAUUAUCUGAUUUUGGUUUUGAAAAACAUCAAAUUGCCUUGGCCAUGUCAUUACUGGGAACAUUUGAUCUUAUUUUACGUUUCCUUAUACCCGUCAUAACAGCAAAGAUCAAUUUGAGUAACAAGACUUUCUUUGUAUUGGGCAUCAUGGGCAUGUGUAUAGGUCGUAUCUUUUUAUCGUUUACGAGAAAUUUCUAUGUUAUGAUUGCUAUAUUUAUAUGGUUGGGUUUGAAUAAGGCCUUCCGUACCGUUUUCUGGUCUUUAAUUAUACCCGGUUAUGUGCCACUAAAGAGGCUACCAGCUGCUGCUGGUUUACAGCUAUUAAUGUCGGGGCUAUUUUCUUUAGCUUUUGGUCCUUUAAUUGGUCUUAUACGUGAUAAUACAAGUUAUGCUUUUGCUUUGAACUUCCUUAAUGCUUUAUGUUUAUUGGCCAUUGCCGGUUGGGUUUUGGAAGCUUUUGUGCGUAAAUAUAGAAAUAAACCAAAACCCGUAACUGAAGACUUAAAAUAAUUUAGUUUAAUGUUUAAACUUUUUUCAAAUAGAUUUUUUCUAAUAGUUCUUUUUUAGUUACAACUGUUAAAAGAUCUGUUCAAUAAUUUAAAACAUUGUCAUUUAUUUUAAAAGUGAAGAAAAAAAACAUGUGAUAAAGUUAACAAACAGAUCUUAUAUUUAAAAAAAAUAUUUGUAUAUAUUUUUUUAAUGUAAAUUUAUUGUAAUUUUUAUGUAAAUAUUUUAGGCAUAAUUUAACAUUUUUUUUGUAUUAAACAUUUUGUUUGUUUUAUUAUCAUUUUAUUGUUAGUUAUGUUAAAACACUGUUAUAUUACAAAUAGUUUUAUAUAUUUUUAGAAUAGUAAAAUUUAUAAUCAAAGAGCAUUUUGUUCAAAGAGAGAUUCCACAAAUAAAAAUAUAAAUUUAAU